UCUGCAGGAAUUUCUGCCUUUAGGCAGCUGCUAAGAGGAACCGGGAAGUUUUGCCAGUUUUCUUUUCGUCUCAAAGCUUUGAGGCAUCCGUUGGGGUCGCCGAAGGAGCGAAGGAGGACCUGCACGAGGACGAAAGAGAGUCACCUUAGCGAUGCCGGUGGAGCUGCACGGCCAGGGCCAGGCCCUCGGUGCCCACACCUGCAGUGAGUGCAAGCAGCAGGCGGAGAGCCGCUGGCACUGCACCGAGUGCGAGGACUACGACCUGUGCAUCAACUGCUACACCACCAAGGGCCACGCCCACGAGAUGGUGAAGGUGGGCCUGGGCCUGGAUGAAGAGGCCAAGGAGGGCGAUGAGGGCGGCAACCAGGGGGAGCCGCAGUUCAGGAGCCUCCGGGAGUGGCGGCGCCAGGCCAUCCAGCGCUGCAUCCAGUCCCUGAGGCAUGCCCGCCAGUGCCGCGACGCCAACUGCCCGCAGCCGUCCUGCCAGAAGAUGAAGCGGGUUGUGCAGCACACCAAGGGCUGCCAGCGCAAGACCAAUGGAGGUUGCGGCGUGUGCAAGCAGUUCAUCGCCCUCUGCUGCUACCAUGCCAAGCACUGCCAAGAAAACCCAUGCCCCAUCCCCUACUGCCUCAACAUCAAGCAGAAGCUCCGCCAGCAGGAGAUACAGUACCGCCGGCAGCACGCCUAGCUCACGCGCCAGCGGAUGCCACCAUCAACAGCACCGUGCCUCAGCAGAGUCUGCCUUCCCCUCCCCUGCACCACCCCUGACCCCCCACACUGCAUCCCAGCACACCCUGGACACCACAGCCCCCGACUCUGCCCCAGCCCUCGCCUGUGAGCCUGUCUCUAGCCGGCUUCUCCCGCGCGUCCAGAACUCAGCCCCCCACCACAGUUUGCACUGGGAAGCCCACUAACCAGGUGCCAGCCCCCCGCCCCCCCCGCAACCAUGGAGGCGCAGCAGCGGCAGCACCUGUGCUGGGUGAGCACCAACAACGGUAUGCCCCUGAGGCACAGUGAUGCCCAAGAGCCAGAUGGCCCCCACGGGCCUGAAUGUGACCCAUCCAGCUCAGUGGGCCUGUUAUUCUACCCCCGGGCCCCCCGGCAGUGGCAGCCGGCACCCACCCCCCAGCAACAGCCCAUGUGAGGCCUGCCCAGACCCCUGAUGUCUAUGCAGACCCAAGGUGCAGCCACCUCAAGACCUGCAAGACCUGCUGUGCACCCUGAAGUCUCCCAGCUCCCCCAGCAGCAGCACGUGUUCAACAUCCUCAAGUCAAACCCUCGGCUGAUGGGAGCUCUCACCAAAGAGCACACGGCCAAGUAAGUGGCCAGCCAGCCCGGCCUUCAGCUCUAGCGCAGCCUGCUGAACCUGAACACCAUGCAAGCCAGCGGGCCGCGACCUGCUGUCCCUCCGCAGCAGCAAGCAAUGGGAGGCCUGAACCCCCAGGGCCAGGCCUUGAACAUCAUGAAUCCGGGGCGCAAACCCAGCGUGGCGAGUAUCAACCACAGUACAGAGAGAUGCCUCGGAGCAGCAGCAGCAGCAGCAACAGGAAGGCAGCACUGGCAUGGCUGCAGGCGGGCGGGACACGCCCAGUUCCAGCAGCCUCAGGGGCACUGAUGCUACCCGCAGCCAUGCAGCAGCAGUCGAUCCAGCAGCAGAUUGGGUCCCAGGCCAGCCAAACCCUGUUGGGCAUACUCUGUCCCUUCCCCUGCCCUCAGUUUCUCCCCUGCGCUCAGUACUUUCUAUUGUCCCCGCUUGAGGCUCCUGCCCUCUCUGCCGUUUUCCUGUUAUUCUCAUUUCAGGUGUCACAAGAGACAGCUAAGCAGCCGAGAAAAGCAACGCUAGACCCAGCUUCCUGCCACCGCCUGCACCUACAUCCGACCCUCACAGACACACAAAUAUCCCGCCCUCCCUACUCUUGCUUGCUGAAAUGGAUAUACUGGUGUGUAUUAAAAAUAAAAUUUCUAAAACUCUCACAAUGUCUCUUGGCCUG